AUGCAUGAAUGCAAGCCCUUGGCAACCCCUAUGCCAAGCACAGGACAACUCAUAUCUGCCUCAGACCAGCUCUUUGAUGAUCCUGCACUUUAUAGAAGUCUUGUUGGUGGUCUUCAGUACCUCACCUUCACCAGACCAGACCUAUCAUUUAGUGUGAACUAUGUUUGUCAAUUCUUACAAGCACCUACUAUGGCUCAUUUCCAACUUGUUAAAAGAAUCCUUAGGUACUUGCAAGGCACAACUGCACUUGGUCUACACAUCACCUCAAACAGCAGCCUCGACUUAUAUGGCUUCUCAGAUGCUGAUUGGGCUGGUUGCCCCACCACAAGGAGAUCCACCUCAGGCUAUUUUACCUUUCUUGGUAGCAAUUACAUCUCUUGGAGUGCAAAGAAGCAACCAACAGUUGCAAGGUCCAGUGCAGAAGCAGAAUAUAGAGCCAUGGCUUCCACUGCAGCCGAAUUAACUUGGCUUUCCAUUUUGCUUCAAGACCUUAGGUUGCCCCUCUUCAAAACACCCAUUCUUCAUUGUGACAAUAUGAGUGCCUUAUUUAUGACAGUAAAUCCAGUUCUACAUGCUUGGACAAAACACAUAGAACUUGAUUAUCACUAUGUAAGGGAACGGGUGGCACUUGGUUCCUUAGAAACUAAAUUUGUCACCUCCCAUGACCAGCUUGCAGAUUUGUUCACCAAGCUUUUACUCAAGACUCAGUUCAAACAGCUACGUAACAAACUUGGUCUUUACUUUCUACCACAACCAAGUUUGGGGGGGAAUAUUAGGAAUGAAAUUAAAACAAUCAGCUGUGCAUCAAUCAAGGAUAUUAGCUCAUGA